UAGAACACAGUCAUGGAAUUGUUCAACUGUUCAUCGUCAAGUCCCGCUGAUGAAUAAUUUCCGUUGUUGCAGAUAUUUGGACAUCUUAAAUAAGCAGUAGCGGCAAAUGCUGUUCUAGGACAGCAAAUCCAAGGAUGGACGAUCAAGGUGAAGAAGCACCAUGUGAAAUCGUGAUCGAUCAGAAACAGGACUCAACAUCGAAACAACGUACUAAGCGCAAAAAGAGGAAAAAUAAAACUGAACGCGCUAGUGGCAUAAUCGGAGGUGCGCAGCAACCUGAGGUAAGCCAUUCCAAGAGUGACGUAAAGCAAACAAAAACCAGUGAAGGUCCAUCACGAACAAGAGAUGGACAUGACAAUAAACGUGAUGUCAGUGCCAAGUUAAAGGACAGCGGUGAGCUUGAUCUAAAGACUUCCGGCAUCGGGCGAAGAAAAAAGCCUCUCGACAAUAAUGCCACGUACCUGUACACACCGCCUCACAAACGAGAAGAGCAGCAGAUGCUGCCAUCUGGUGUUAGGCGAGCCAAGAAGAAACAGACGGUCAGCAGUCGACUCACUGCCCCGCCCAGCAGCACGUGCGCAGCAAACAAACCGGCAGAUGCAGGUGCGGGAACUACUUCCCGUGUUGCCGUCGAAGAUGCAGCGGUCAAUAGAAGCAGUCAGAGGCUGCCACAGUCACCUAUUCAGGCACCAACACUGCCACCGGAUCGUGAAGCAGUGAAAGCUAGAAAGGCUGAUAGGUUGGUAAUGGUAGCAAAGGAUUCUGACAGUGAGAUUGAACCGAUGUCACAGCAGCGACACAAACCCGCUGAUCAGAAUGUGGUCGCUAAAAAAGCCAAUAAAUCUGCAAAGGCUCUUCACAUGGAUAAGCAAAUGACGUCGCAGCAGCAACGUCAGCCGUUAGUAGCAUCGAUACAAAUGUUGCAGCAGAACGUUGCUUCUUGUAAAGGGCCAGUGAUAACCUUGGACCCAGCUGAGGUGCUAGAUGAGACAAAACCAUCUGCAGAAGUGCUAGAGAAACUUGAAAAAGAAGGCCUUUUUCCACUGAAGAAGAAGUCGAUGAGGUUUCCUAGAGCCCGAUACUAUUGUCGUCUCUGUGAGUAUCAUUGUGAUUCUGUACAAAUCUCCAUGAAACACAUCAAGGAGGCAAGACACCAACGUCAUAGCAAGUGGAAGCACGACGAGUACUUCCUCAAGCACUUGCCAGCGGCGUGCGACAUACAUCUUUCCUCGCUGGAUACAGUGCUGCUUCGCACUGCUGCGGAGAAAGCUCUGCGCACCGCGGGGUGGGCACGAACACAGGCUGUACUCGCCCACGUCCGCAGUGUCGUACACGCAGAGAUGUCAGGACUGCAAUGCAAUCUUUAUGGGACUGCUGCGAGUGGAUUCGGACUUGAGACGUGUGACGUCAAUAUCAACAUAAGAGUGCCUGAUGAGAAGGAAGCUCCUACCUGCCUUAUUAAGGCACUGGAUGUUCUACAGAAGUCCGAUGUGUUCCGCGACGUUCGCAGUCAUUUUAGCAGCAGAGUUCCGCGCGUUCUCUUCGUUGACGCCGAGCUCGGGCUCAGUGGCAGCGUCAGCGCCACCUGUGAGGCUGCAGCUCUCACGUCUCAGCUGCUGGAGGUGUACAGUAGAAUCGAUCCACGCUGCAAGCAGCUCGGUGUGCUGUUCCAAAACUGGGCCAGGGUGUGUGGAGUUGACAAGCAGGACUUAGGCACAUUGCCACCUCAUGCCUACAGCAUCAUGACUGUCUACUUCCUGCAGCAGUUACAGCCACCCGUCCUACCAGUCCUACACGAGAUGCCAUAUGAAAAGACUGAUAAUGAAGAAAAUUACCCAGAUUUCCUGAGCGAUCCUGCAAUAGUG